UCAAAUAUCCAACGAUUACUCCCUAUUGUCAACUUCUCCUGUUAGUCCACUCCAUAACAUGGAUUCUCCACUUCUCCAAUGAGGUUUCCGUUUCGCUCCUACUUCAAAUCCCACCAUCCCCAAACCCUAUCUUCUCUCAGAUUUAUUCUCGAUUCUCUCUUCUUUUUGCUCUCUAAAUUUAAUCCCAUGGCCGGCAAUCAGCACGCGACACCUCACUCCGAUAAUCCUCCGCCGUUUGAUCCGUCGGAACCGUCGAUUCCGAUAUCUUACCCGCUUAAGACGCUAGAAGAGCUCGAGUCGAGGUCUUAUUUCGACUCUUUUCACUUCCCGUUCAAUAAGGCUUCCGUGAAGUUGCCGCCUUACGCCGCCACUGAAUUGCCGAAACGACCUAGGCUUUUGGUAUGCCACGAUAUGGCUGGAGGGUACCUUGACGAUAAGUGGAUACAAGGCGGAAAUAAUCCAGAUGCUUAUGCUAUAUGGCAUUGGUAUUUAAUUGAUGUAUUCGUGUAUUUCUCGCAUUCUUUGGUUACUUUGCCGCCUCCCUGUUGGACUAACGCUGCUCACAACCAUGGAGUUAAGGUUUUGGGAACAUUUAUCAUGGAGUGGGAUGAAGGCAAACUUCUUGCCAACAAAUUACUGUCAUCAAAGGACUCAGCUCAGAUGUACGCAGAGCGGUUAAGUGAGCUUGCUGCUUCUUUAGGCUUUGAUGGAUGGUUGGUCAAUAUGGAAGUUUCUGUGGAUGUUGGGCAAAUUCCUAACCUGGAAGAAUUUGUCAGCCGCUUAACUCAGUCCAUGCAUUCCCUUGUCCCUGGAUCUUUGGUCAUAUGGUAUGAUAGCGUCACAAUUGAUGGGAACCUUAAAUGGCAAGAUCAACUAAAUGGAAAAAAUAAGCCUUUUUUCGAUAUAUCUGAUGGUAUAUUUGUGAACUACACCUGGCAGGAGAAUUAUCCUAAGCAAUCAGCUGAGGUUGCCGGUGACAGAAAGUUCGAUGUCUACAUGGGAAUUGAUGUCUUUGGAAGAAACACUUAUGGUGGUGGACAAUGGAUGACAAAUUUGGCGCUUGAUGUGAUUAAGAGGGAUAAUGUGUCAGCUGCCAUAUUUGCUCCUGGAUGGGUGUACGAGACAAAACAGCUACCUGACUUUCAGACUGCACAGAAUCGUUGGUGGGGACUUGUAGAAAGAUCAUGGGAUAUUUCACAAAAUUAUCCCCUAACUCUUCCAUUCUACUCAAAUUUUGAUCAGGGUCAUGGUUACCAUAUUUCUGUUGAUGGAAAGCAAAUAUCACAGACUCCUUGGAAUAACAUUUCUUCGCAAAGCUUUCAGCCUCUCCUGGAGUUUUCUGGAGAAUCUACCACAGGGCAUCUAGAAGUUGUUGUUGAUCUUAAGGAGCCAUCUUAUAAUGGAGGUGGAAACCUAGCAUUCAAUGGAACACUUGAUGAUGAUAUUCAUUUCUCAGCAAGGUUGUUUGAAGGGAAGCUUCAGUUAGCAGAUUCACCUGUUCACUUUACAUAUUCUGUAAAAUCAAAUGGAAGCUCUUUGUUGGGUUUGUCUCUUGAGUUCACUUCUGCUGUAAGGAAGCAAAAAUCAGUAUUACUUGCUUCCUGGGGAGAUUCUUUGCUGACUAUGACCCGUUUUGUUAGACAUUUUGACAAUGUUAUAAUGCCUCGUCGUGUUACUAAGCUAGAGACUGAACCAUCAUGGGUCAUACAAGAGAGUAGUAUCGCAAUGGAAGGAUACAUGUUAACAAAAAUCCAUGCUGUAUGCUAUAAGUUAAGACCUGAAGUUCACAAAUCAGAAAGUCAAGGUAAUACCAUGGCUUUUUCUCCAACAGAAUAUCAUGCGGUGCUUGGUCAUCUUGCAAUAGAUAGUCGUACACUGAACUCGGACUUCCCACCAUCAACUUCAUGGCUUGUUGAUUGUAAUUACAUUAAAUGGUCUUCUGGUUGUCAUGACUCCAGGAAACUUAAUGUCAACCUUGUUUGGAAAUUGAAAGACGGAAAAACUCACCUAUUCCCUAAGUAUUAUAUCUAUGUCAAGAAACAAUCCGAUCUCUCAAUUGCAGAACCAAAUGGAUCACUUCAGCUAGUCCAGGAGUACCUGGGAGUUGCGGAAGUUGAAGCAUUUUAUGUAUCUGAUCUUGUAGUUUCCUCUGGCACUUCCAGCGUCAAAUUCAUUAUUCAAGUUUGCAGCCUUGAUGGAGCUUUCCAAAAGCUAGAAGAGUCUCCAUCUCUUGAUUUAGAUGUUCAAGGUUCGUAAUUGUUGUUACUUUAUAUUCUGUAAGUUUAAUUGUUCCAUCUGUUCCAGGUUCUAUAGGAGAAUACUAAAGUAAUGUUGAUACAAGUGUUAUACACACUUACACAUGCCGUAGAAUAAUUUGGUUUAUGUAUACAGCUUGUUAUAGCGCUACAAUAAUGUACAACAGUACAAGUAUUUAACGUGUAAAGGUAGUAAAUAAUCA